AAAUAUCAAUAUAUUUUAACAAUUAGGCUGCGAUUCUGGUUUCGGUAAUCGACUGGCGUUUAGAUUAAAUGAAAUGGGAUUCAGAGUCUAUGCGACCGUUUUGAGUGACGCGAGUGUCGGCGCUCAGGACUUGACCACAAAAUGCAAGUUUGCGGACAAUAUACAUGUCAUGGAAAUGGAUGUCACAAAACAGGACCAAAUCGACAGAUGCUAUGAUUUCGUUGACUCAGACCUACAGACCAGUGGUUGCCUAUUGUGGGCGGUGGUCAACAACGCCGGCGAUACCACCUGUGGUCACACAGAAUGGGGUCCUUUCGAUGUGAUCACCAAAACGUUUGACGUCAACGUGUUUGGUGUUAUUCGGGUGACCAGAAAAUUUACCCCACUUAUCAGGCAAUCAACCGGUCGUAUCGUAAUCGUGUCGGGUCUCGGCGGGCGUAUAGUACUCGACAAUCUCGGUGUGCACUGUAUGUCCAAAUGCUCGACCAUUUUCUAUUCGGAUGCCUUGCGCCGGGAGAUGAGGGCAUUCAACGUGAAUGUGUCGACUAUAGAGCCCCUACUGUUCAAGACGGCGAUGUAUGAAAUGAUCAAACCGUCGCUCCAUAGGAAUUGGAUGACAACCGAUGACAGUAUUCGCGAGGCUUAUGGUGAAGAGUAUUUUGCGCAUCAAAUGAAAGUACUGGACUGGGAGCUCAAAAUAGGUAUGGCCACCAAGCACCUGGAUAUUGUGGUGAAUGAUAUGAUCGAUGCCGUGGUUAGUGUGAGUCCACGCCGACGGUAUACACCCGUCAAUAGGUUUGUGUUCAAAAUAAUCCCUCCAUUCAUACCAUUAAUCCCGCAAUGGGUUGUCGACCGAGUGUUUUAUGUUAUGAAUACUAAACCGGCGUCUGUCAAGAAAAGUAUGGCGUAA